AUGGAUUAUCUAGCUGAUAUGGAUAUUCAACAUGUUUUACGGUGUAUUAUCACGAGAAUUCAUUAUGAUCGUGACGAUCAUCUUCAUUUAUUAUGUUUUCGUAUUCCAACAACAGAUAAUGAUGAUACGAUUAAAAGAUUAGAAAAAAUGAUUGUUGCUGAAAAGCUUCUAUUGAAUUAUAGAAUAAAACGUGUAUUCGAUAAUAUCUCUAUAGAAUGGAAGAGUGAUUAUUUUCAUUGUAGUACUGAUGCUUAUACGUAA